AUGGGCUCUAUCGACGUGACAACUCCAACGUCCGUGUCAGCAAGCACGACGCUAUUCCCCACCGAGUCUGUGAAGGACCGGAUCAGGGGCCAACAACCCGAUCCAAAUCGGUCAAAGAAUCUCUCAGUUUUCUAUCGCAACCUUGAGGAAGCCCUGGAUGGUCGGCGUGCCCUUUACAAUCUACGCCAACAUGUUCUCAAUGACUGGCAGACGGGAGAUCAAAUCGACUUUGCUUCCAACGACAUUUUAUCAUGGAACGCUAGCGGUGCUCUGCACUUUUGCCCGGGAUCCGGCGGCUCGCGGGUCUUGGAUGGGCAUUAUGAGUAUAUGGAUCAAGCCGAGCGAGAUAUCGCAGCUUUCCACGGAGCGGAAGAGGGUUUAAUCUUCAACUCCGGAUUUGACGCUAAUCUCGCGAUAUGGUCUGCUAUCCCGCGACUUGGAGAUGUUAUCGUAUAUGAUGAGUUGGUGCACGCUAGCUCACAUGAGGGUAUGGCGCAGAGUCUUGCUGCGUUGAAAGUCGAGUUCCCUCAUAAUGAUAUUAAAGGGUUUCGCAACACUUUACUCUCCAUACUUGACUCCCAGCCCUUGAUCAAGCGCGGGAAACGCACGGUUCUGGUGGCUAUUGAAUCAGUAUACAGCAUGGAUGGCGAUGUCUCUCCGUUGGAGGAGUUCGUCGAAAUCGCGGAUGAUGUGUUUCGUGAACACGGCAACAUCCAAUUCGUCAUUGACGAAGCGCACAGUACUGGAUUGAUUGGUCCGAAUGGCUCUGGCCUUGUAUGUGAGUUAGGACUUGAAGAUAGGAUCGCGGUGAGACUACACACAUAUGGCAAGGCUAUGGGAGCGAGUGGUGCGAUCGUACUGGGCUCUAAGACGGUGAAAGGGGCAUUGAUGAAUUUUGCUCGGUCGAGCACAUUUUCUACGUCACCCCCUUUUCCUUUCGUCGCUGCUAUUAAAGCAGGCUACAAUUUACUAGAAACUAGCGAAGCAGAAGAGGCUCGAGAACGCGUUCAGACGCUUGCGCGACUCUACUUUGAAUUAUUGACGUCGCAUCCGACUUGGCAAAGCGCUCUAAAAAGAGGUCUCCUAUCUGUUCCUCUUUCGGAGAAUUGGGAAGAUCGCCCCUUUCUUACGCAAAUAUUCACUGUAUUCACACGCCCAAAAUACUUAUAUUGGCUAUAUUUCCAUAUUCUGGCCGCUGGAUUUUGUGUGUGGCCCAUUGAGCACCCCGCUGUACCACCUGGCCAAGGUCGAAUCAAAGUUUCACUUCAUGCUGGAAAUACUGAGGAACAAGUUGAAGGCCUUGUGAAUGCGACUUUUGAGUGGGUGGAAGAAGUUAUGGCGAUCGAAGAUGGUAGGUUAAAUGAGAAUGUAACGAAAGCGGCGGGUCGAGUUUAUGACUGGAUGAGAAGCGAGGGCCUAAGCGGCUUCGGAUUUCUUAAAGCGAAAGGGGCACAUUUCCUUCGGGAAGACGCCUCGGCGUUCGAUGCUCCAUUCUUUUCUCUUACCUCAAAGGAGGCUUCAUCUAUGGAUCCUCAGCAGCGCUUACUGUUAGAAGCUACCUACGGAGCUUUAGAAAAUGCUGGAAUUCCCCUCGAAAAGGCCGCGGGAACGCAAACGGGGGUAUUCUCAGGGUCAAUGGCGGAUGAUUACGCGAGGAUCAUCGCCAAAGACCCAGAUGAAGCCCCUACCACAGCCGCCACAGGUGGCUCCCUGUCAAUAUUAGCUAACAGGCUAAGCUGGUUCUUUGACCUGAAAGGUCCCAGCGUUCAGGUUAACACUGCAUGUUCUUCGAGCAUGAUUGCAGUAGACCUUGCUUGCCAGUCCCUCAGAUCAGGGCAGAGUUCCAUGGCGCUCGUAACCGGAUCGAAUGUUAUCCUCAAUCCUGAAAUCUCUCUUUACUUAUCGAAUAUGAAUUUCUUAUCUCCAGAUAGCCUCUCUUAUAGUUUUGACCACCGUGCAAACGGAUACGGAAGAGGAGAAGGUGUUGCUGUAAUAGUACUAAAGAACAUUAGUGAUGCCAUUAGAGAUGGAGAUAUGAUUCGGGCAGUCAUUCGAGCGACAGGAUCCAACCAAGACGGAUAUACCCCGGGGCUCACGCAACCAAGCGCCUCCUCCCAGGAAGAUCUCAUUCGAUCAGUGUACAAAAGUUGUAAUCUUAGCUUCGAAUCAACGCGGUAUGUGGAGGCUCAUGGAACCGGCACACAGAUCGGAGACUCGACCGAGGCAAAAGCUAUCUCCCGAAUAUUCAGGAGUAGUCGUUCCAGAAAAGAACCCCUAUAUCUUGGCUCUAUUAAAGCGAAUAUAGGCCAUUUAGAAGGUGCAAGUGGUCUCGCCAGUAUCGUUAAGUGUGUCAUGAUGUUGGAAAAGGGUGUCAUAGCCCCAAACCCCCUAUUCGAAAAGUGGAACCCCAAAAUCAACGCCAAGGCGAACCAUCUCGAGGUCGCGACAACGUGCGUUCUGUGGCCAUCCAAGGGUCUCCGGCGGAUUUCCGUGAACUCGUUCGGCUUUGGUGGAUCUAAUGGUCACAUUAUCUUAGACGACGCGUAUCACACGCUCCAGGCACUAGGUCAACGCGGAAAUCAUCGGACGUUUGUUCAAGAGUCGCUUGUGAUUGAGGAGCCCAUUAAAGUAAAUGGACACAAGGUGAAUGGCCACAGUAAUGGAAACGGUACUAAUGGCACUUCGGUCAACGGCGCAACACCGAAUGGAAAGCCGACAGUUAAUGGACACGCCCACGUGGAAACUCCCGAGUCACCAUCAAAGUACGAACUAUUAGUCUGGUCGUCAAAGGAUGAGGGAACCCUCAAACGGGUAUACGAGCAGUAUACCCGGUAUUUCGAGGAGAACGUAUUCGGAUCUCGAGAUCGGUUGAGUCGACUCGGAUACACACUAGCUGCGCGACGGAGUUUGAUGGCAUGGAGAACCUUUGCUAUUGUCGAUGCCGAAGAAACGGAUUCGAAAGCCAGCUUUUUAUCUUCGCCUUACGUUCGCUCGAGCCAAGACACAGGGCUGGCUUUCGUGUUCACUGGCCAAGGUGCACAAUAUGUGAAGAUGGGAUUGGACCUCCUUCACUAUCCCGUCUUCCGUUCUACUAUGCUCAAAGCGUCCGAGAUCUUUUAUGAUCUGGGAGCUACUUGGUCCUUAUUUGACGAACUUUACGAUGGUAAGAGGAUCAACGAUCCUGAUCUUAGUCAGCCACUCUGUACUGCAUUGCAGGUAUCCCUAGUUGAGCUACUUAGAAGCUUCGGGAUUAUACCGGCGGCAGUGAUCGGACAUUCUUCCGGCGAAAUCGCAGCUGCUUAUACAGUUGGCGCGCUCUCCCUGGAAGCAGCAUGCAAGGUUGCAUAUCACAGGGGUAGACUCGCUAGACGAUUGGUUUUAUCGACGCCAAUUCGAGGCGCGAUGAUGUCUGUAAACCUCUCAGAAGAUAAAGCCAAUUCCUAUUUAGAGAAGGUAGGCGUUCUUGACAUUCACGUCGCUUGCAUCAACAGUCCGUUCAAUGUCACCCUUUCUGGGCCGGAAGCUUCUAUCGAUCAGCUUCAGGAGCACUUAGAAAAAGAAGAUAUUUUCGCCAAGAAGGUUAACACGGGUGUCGCGUAUCACUCUCCCGCUAUGCAGGAAAUCGCUUCUGAAUACCUCUCAUGUCUGGGGCGCCUUGAGCAGCGGAAAACCGAUAGCGAUAACAUCGCAAUGAUCUCCUCUGUCACUGGCGAGACGAUAUCACUGAAUAAGCUGCUAGACAACCAAUACUGGGUCGAUAAUCUGAUUUCCUCGGUCCGUUUCGUUGAUUCACUACGCUAUCUAGUGCUCGUGGCUCCCAAAAUAGACGGACUAAAGAAAAUAUCGAAUUUCCUCGAAGUUGGUCCGCACGGGGCACUCCGACGGCCCAUCGGCGAUACCCUUGCCCAGAUUACCGAUAAAAAGACGUUUGAGUAUACUUCGGUAUUAUCUAAAUUCGAGUCGCCUUUGAAGACUGUCCUAGAGGCAGCAGGGCGAUUGUUCGUCCGCGGCUACCCAGUAUCCAUCACCGCAGUAAAUGGUCAGGAGUCAAAGAAUCAGCCCUUCUUAGUGGAUCUUCCAGUAUAUCCAUUUGACCAUUCGCGUACAUAUAUGCACGAAACACGCAUAAGCAAGGAAUGGCGCCUGCGAGAGCCGUCUCCAAGGAACGUGCUCGGAGUACGUGCAAUGGAUUGGAAUCCGCUCGAACCGCGCUGGCGUAAAAUGCUAAGCAUCGAGGAGACCCCCUGGAUUGGCGACCAUAUCGUUGGCGAUGUCGCGUUUUUCCCGGCCACGGGGUCUUUGAUGAUGGCGGUAGAAGCUGUAAAACAGAUGGCCCAUACGCACCGAACUAUAACGGGAUUCCUACUCAAAGAAGCUGUUUUCAUGAGUCCGAUUAUCGUCCGCCCGGAGGCUAAAACAGAAGUGGUUACGCAUCUAAGGCCUUUACAGAACGUGUACGAGAAAUCGUCUUUCCGUUCCGAAGUCCGCAUUUUCGCACUAGCAGAUGGUUACUGGAGUGAGUGCUUAAACGCUACUAUCCACAUCGAAUAUCAGGAUGCUCCUGCGGAAGUUGAUGGUGGCCACGAAAUUCGUGCUUCGGCGGAGGCUUCUCUCCAGGGCUAUGAGCAAGCGAAAGACGCGUGUGCUAAGUCCAUUGCUAAAGAUGACUUUUAUAAAUGGCACCAUGAGCAAGGUAUCAAGUACGGCCCAGCCUUCGCGCGAGCAGAAGACAUCUUUUGGGAUGGUAGUGAACUCAGUGUAGGUCGCAUCGAUGUAGCGACCGCCGACUCGUUCGAGGGGAUUGCUCAUCCAGCCAUACUUGACGCAUCGUGUCAAGUGUGUUUCGUCGCCCCCUCCGGCGGUAUGUCGAAGUCAUUACCGACAAUCGUGCCCCACAGGAUGCAAGAUCUCUGGAUAUCGGCGACGGGAUGGCAGUACCCGCAGACAAGCCAGGUCCGAGUAUUUGCGACAUCAAAGCCGAAGACCUUGGUUCCUGGUGUAGAUUGCGCAUUCACAAUUCUAGGGGAUGAUGGUUCCACAUUGUCGCAUUGCAAGCGCCUUGAGAUGUUACCGAUCGUUGGAAAUGAGACGACUAGUAAAAAUAAGAAUGAUCUAUUUCACGGGAUCGACUGGAAGCCCCAACUAUCCUUGCUUACUCCAAGCCAACUGCAGAGUUACUGUAACGCAAAUACCUCAGCUUCGAAGGAGAGCGAUGAGAUUUCAUGGGUUAAUGAUUGGAAUAAGUUACAACAAGCUCUCCGUGCUGCUGCACGUCUUACUAUUCCCCAGUUGCAGGAGACAGACUGGUCGAAAACGCCCUCGUACAUGAAGGAGUAUGUCUCUUGGUUGGAACGAGAGACACAAGAUACAGCAGACCCUGAAACCAAUGAAGACCUUCCGGUAGAAUUUGAGGAUCUUUUGAAGACGAGACCCUCAUGGAGCAGUUUCAUUGAAAUUGCCCAAAAUCUUGUUCCCAUUGUGCGAGGAGAGGUCAGUGCUGAAGCGCUCACCCAUGGAUUAUUCGACGGAAUCGCCCGGCCCCUUGAAAAAAACGAGUUCGCUUCCUUCGUGGAGCUCUUGGCACACCAAACCCCAGAUCAAAAGAUUCUUGAGGUCGGGUCUAGUAGGGGAGCCGUGACUAGUCGUGUACUUUCAACGCUUUGGCAAAUCGAGGAGCGUAACGGUGGUAUCGCAUUCUCCGAGUAUGUCUAUACCGAUAUCUCGACUACCCAGUUCGACCAAUUACGGGACCAAUUCGCCAAAAAUGAGGAAAGAUUUUCUUCUAAGUCUCUAGACCUAGAACAAGAUGUCACCGCGCAAGGAUUUGAGGCCGGCACGUACGAUACUAUCUUCGCCGGCGGUGUUCUACGUACUGCCAAGAACGUAACCGGCACCCUUCGCAACCUCCGACGCCUCUUGAAGUCUGGCGGUCACAUCAUACUAAAUGAUAUUACAGUCCCUAACAUCUUCGCGGUGGGUUUUGGCUUCGGGGUCCUGCCCGGUCAAAAUCUGUCUCGCCUAGCCAUUACCGAGUCCGAAUGGGAGACUGCCCUCCAAGAAAGCGGAUUUUCGGGUAAUGAUUUAGUCAUUAGGGAUUCGACGAAUGAUGCAGCACAUCUUAGCAGCGUGAUCGUCGCGUCAGCUAAAGAUGAUUCAAGCCGUUUAGCAGAGGGUUCCGAAAUUGUUGUCGUUAUUGAUGACCAAGACAAAUAUCAACGAGACCUGGCGUUAUCCUUUGAGAGCAACAUUGUCAAUUCUUCGGAAAACCGCCCGAAAGUUAUCUCGCUCUCGCAAAUCGGUAUUGCGGAAGUGCGCCCGACCGAUUAUGUCGUCUUCCUUGCGGACUUGAAUGGAUCAGUUUUGUCUCAGACGCCAGAGACCACCUUCAGGAAUAUUCAAAAAUUGAUCCAACACUCUAGCAAUUUGAUCUGGGUAACAGCAGUACAGUCCGGAUUAGGUGGCGUUGAGUCGUACUCUGGAUUGAAAGACGGGUUCUUACGCACACUUCGUGCAGAAUUUACUAACAAACGCAUUGUUUCCCUCUCAAUAGAAGGCAAAGACGCAGAAGAACCACUCAUUAUCGUAAACCAUGUUACCAAGAUCCUCAACACAGUGUUCGGCGCAGCCUCGCCGCCCGAAGUUGAAUAUGUGGUGAGAGAUGGUCUACCAUUAACUGGUCGAUUAGUCGAAGACAACGCUCUGAAUGAAGAACUCAGCUCCUCCACCAGCGCACGGCCGCGGACUGGCCCGUGGCUGCCUGGUCCACCACUCAAAUUAGAGACAGCAGGUCCGGGAUCGCUUGAGACACUACGAUUCGUCGAAGACGGUGAUUUUUACGCCGAUCUUGGCCCGACGGAGGUAGAGAUCGAAGCCAAGGCUUGGGGGGUCGCCUUCCGAGACAUGUUUAUUGCCUUGGGGCGGCUGGAGGAAGACGAUUUCGGUGCCGACUGCGCUGGUGUGGUGACACGAGUAGGAUCACAGUGUCAGACCGUGCGCCCGGGAGACCGUGUAUGCAUGUUUUCAGCCGGCUGUAUGCGCAUGUGGCCGCGUUCAAACGAAGAUGGUGUUGUCAAGAUUCCCGACGCGAUUUCUUUCAAUGAGGCUUGUGGGGUGAUUAGUCCUGCGAUCACAGCUUGGUAUUCGUUAGUCGAGGUAGCCAGGCUACAGAAGGGGGAGAAAAUACUUAUCCAUUCGGCAUCAGGUGCGACAGGGCAGCUCGCGGUCCAAGUUGCACAACUUGUUGGCGCUGAGGUGUUCGCCACGGUCGGAUAUAACCAUAAAAAGCAACUUCUCAUCGACAGCUAUGGAAUUCCUGACGACCACAUUCUGUAUAGCAGAGAUCCAAGUUUCGCCAAGGGGAUCAAACGUCUCACAAAUGGCUACGGCGUGGAUGUAGUACUCAAUUCUCUAAUAGGCGAAAGCCUACGUGCAUCGUGGGAGUGCGUCGCGCCGUACGGGCGAUUCAUCGAGAUCGGAAAGGCGGAUAUCAAAGCGAACUCUUCAUUACCGAUGGCAUGCUUCGCCAAGAAUGUGUCUUUCUCGGGAGUUGAUCUCCACCACAUCCUGGUCCACCGAAAUGACAUCGGGAAGAAGCUCUUGCUCAAGGCCAUGGAAUUGGCUGAACAAGGCAGCAUUCACUCACCGACGCCAUUACAUGUGUAUAAAGUUUCGGAAGUUAGCGAGGCGUUCAGAUCAUUUCAGAGCGGGAAGAAUAGCGGACGAGUAAUUGUCCAGAUUGAUCGUUCGACUAAAGUACAGAAGUACCUCACUCAUCGCAGGACGUGGAGCUUCGAUAGCGACUCUACGUACCUUGUCGCCGGUGGUCUAGGUGGUAUCGGGCGAUCAAUUCUGAAGUGGAUGGCCAAGAAAGGUGUUAAGCACCUCAUGGUUCCUUCGAGAUCAGGGGUUACAACAAAGGCGGCCAUUGACACAGUCGAUGAAUUAACACAACAGGACGUGAACAUUGUGACACCGAAAUGCGACGUAUCUUCACCGACCUCGCUCAAGCAGGCCCUUGAAGAGCACAACAAGACUAUGCCUCCCAUUCGCGGAUGUAUUAAUGCUACCAUGGUCUUAAACGAUUCGAUAUUCGAUAAUUUGACGCAUACGCAGUGGGAACAGACUGUUCGCUCUAAGGUCCACACCUCCUUGAGCCUACAUGCCGCUCUGCCAGAAAACCUUGACUUCUUCAUCCUCCUGUCUUCAGUUUCGGGUAUCCUAGGAAACCCCGGUCAAUCGAACUACGCGGCAGGCUGUACAUUUCAAGACUCAUUAGCUCGAUAUCGUAACUAUAACGGCCAAAGAGCGAUAUCCAUCGAUCUUGGUGUAGUACGGGCGGUCGGCGUUGUUUCCGAAAACGAAUUGCUCCAGAAGAAAUUCGCAGGGUUGAAAGACUUCGCCCAAAUUGGAGAGGAUGAGAUAUUGGGGUGUCUUGAUGUCUGCUGUGACCCAGAGCAACAACAGUUCUUUUCGAGUGACCCGAAGCGAAGCCACAUUGUCAUGGGAAUUGCUACACCUGCGAAACUUAUCACUCACGGGUUUGAGCCAGCGGAGUUUGUCCAGCGCCCUCUUUUUGCGCGAUUCAGCCGGCCUGUCGGUAUGUCCCAGAACUCGGGUUCAUCGGACAAUGUCAAUUAUGCCGCCUUGUUUCGGCAAUCGGAAUCUGCCGAAGAACGAGCUUCCAUCGUCGUGAAGGCCCUCGCAAGGAAACUGGCACGGGCGUUAUCAAUUCAACCCGAGGACAUUGAUGCAGAGGCAGACCAACCACUCCAUGCAUUCGGAGUGGACUCACUUGUUGCUGUUGAGCUAAGGAACUGGGUCGCUAAGGAGUUUGCAGCAGAUGUAGCCGUUUUCGAACUGAUGGGAGGGAGAUCUAUUACAGCUGUCGGGGAGCUAGUGACUAAGGCGAGUCAGAUUCAAGUGAAGAAGGCUGACUGA